AUGGCUGGAAGCUUCCUUAUUCUUUGCCAAAAAAAUCGAACCAGAAAUCUGAGUCAGGGGAGGCAUAACUUGGAGAUAUUUUCACAGUAUGGGGAUAUAAUGGAAGAAUACACUAUGAGAACAUUAUUGAAGUCACUGAAGAUUUCAACUCCAAUUAUUGUAUUGGUUCAGGAGGAUAUGGAAAUGUUUAUAAAGCUGUGCUACCCCUUGAGAGGAAGUUUGCAAAUGGUAUUAAGCAACAAGGACGAGGCAAUGGAAUUGGAUUGGAAGAAGAGGCUAAAUAUUGUAAAAGGAGUGGUCAAUGCCUUAUCUUAUAUGCAUCACAACCAUUCACCACCUAUAUUUCAUCGAGACAUUUCCAACAAUAAUGUUCUCUUGGAUUUGGACUAUGAGGCUCAUAUCUCAGAUUUUGGCACAGCUAGGCUUUAA